AUGCCGAACAUGAUUAAUGCUUCAAUUGCCAAUGAUGAAUAUGAGGUUAUUGGAGAAACCCAAUGGCAGAUCUUUGAAAAUUCUACUGAUGAACAAGUCAUCAAGAUACGUGGAUAUCAAUAUUCAAAAUGGCGGGCACUUUUAUUUCAUUCAGUUUGUAUGGCAUUAUGUGGAUUGCCUUAUUUUGCUUUAGCUUAUUAUCCCUCAUACAACAAAAUGAAAUACAUCAAAUCCAGUUUGAAAAUGGCUGAUGUUAUAUGUGUAACGGAUGCAGAGGGCACAUUUGUAAUGCAACCUGUUUAUGAAGUCGAUCUUAAUCUCUCCAAUCAUCGGGACAAUAAAUUACGUUACUUUAUUUAUCAACACAGUCGCUUCAUUUGGCUCAGCGACCAUGACAAUUUUAUAAAUGUUCAAACUCUCAAUGAAAAAAUGACUAUCAGCUUGUUAAUGGAAAAUAUGUCUGGCAUCAAUAAACGGCAGCAGAAUGAAUUGAUAAAGCUAUACGGCUACAAUUCUGUAGAAGUCGAAGUUAAGACCUAUUGGACACUGUUUGUCAACGAAGUUUUCAACCCAUUUUAUUUAUUCCAAGUCUUUUCGAUUAUACUGUGGUCGUUGGAUGAAUACUAUCAAUAUGCAACUUGCGUCUUCUUUUUAUCUGUGGGUUCCUGCAUGCUGGCACUUUACCAAACGAAACAGAUGAGCAUAAACCUGCACAAGAUGGCGGGGUCGACGUGCUCGUUCAUGGUGACGGUGGUGCGGCCGACGCGCGCGGGGCGCGAGGAGUGCGUGGCGGCGGCGGCGCGCCUCGUGCCCGGCGACGUGCUGGUGCUGCCGCCCGACGGCUGCGUCAUGCCCUGCGACGCCAUGCUACUCACCGGCACCUGCAUCGUCAACGAGAGCAUGCUCACAGGUGAAAGUGUACCAGUGAUGAAAGGACCGCCUUGCGUCUCUCCCGAAGUAUAUUCGACGGAAACUCACAAAAGGCAUACAUUAUUUGCAGGAACACAUGUCAUACAAACAAGAUUUUAUGGCAAUAACCAGGUGCUUGCGAAGGUUGUGCGCACAGGUUUCUACACUGCAAAGGGAGAACUUAUCAAAAGCAUUUUGUUCCCAAAACAAUUUGUGUUUGAGUUCUACAAGGAUGCGGUCAAGUUCGUCAUAUUCAUGUUCUGCAUUGCUGCUAUCGGAAUGGCAUACUCCGUAUGGCUGUACAUUUUGCGAGGAAGCUCAUCUGGUACAAUAGUGCUGCGUACGCUGGACAUCAUCACGAUCGUGGUGCCGCCCGCGCUGCCGGCCGCGAUGACGGCGGGCAUCGUGUACAGCCAGCAGCGCCUGCGCAGGAACAAGAUAUUCUGCGUCUCGCCGCCGCGCAUCAUCAUCUGCGGCAAGCUGCAGGUUAUGUGCUUCGAUAAGACGGGUACUCUUACAGAAGAUGGCUUGGACCUCUAUGCCGUGAUACCUUCAUAUAUCGGCGAAAAGUUCGGUCGAUGUGUAGUAGAAAUAGCGGCGCUAUCAGUAUCGAGUCCACUAGUGCAAGCGCUCGCUUCUUGCCACUCGCUUACGAGCAUACAAGGACAGUUGAAAGGCGAUCCGUUGGACUUGAAAAUGUUUGAAUUUACUCAAUGGAUCCUUGAGGAACCUGGUCCUGAAAACACACGUUAUGACAACCUCACACCAGCGAUAGUAAAGCCGUCUACAGCACACAGUGAAAAUCUACAGAACUUGGAUGAUUAUGAUUCUCUUACAAUGGAAAUGCCCUAUGAGAUUGGUUUACUGCGUAGAUUCCAUUUCUCAUCUUCUCAGCAAUCAAUGGGUGUUAUUGCAAGGGUACUUGGACAGCCACAGAUGGUCUAUUUCGUGAAAGGAGCACCGGAAAAGGUUGCUGGCAUGUGUGAUCCGGCAACACUUCCAGAGAACUUCAGCACAGUUCUCCACGAAUACACUUCUAAUGGUUUCCGUGUCAUCGGUCUCGCACAUAAGAAGCUCGAUCGUAAAAUGAAAUGGGUUGACGCGCAGAGGAUCAAAAGGGAGAGCCUUGAAUGCGACAUGGUGUUUUUGGGUUUUCUAGUCAUGCAAAAUAGCCUCAAACCUGAAACUUCACAAGUAAUCAAGGAGCUACAUGAUGCUCACAUGAGACAGGUCAUGGUGACAGGAGAUAACAUAAUGACCGCUAUGUCGGUGGCGAGAGGAUGCAAUAUGGUGCAACCACAUCAGAAACUUGUGUUGAUUACUGUUGGCCAGCAGCAAACGAACGACUCUCGGCCGCCACUCAGCAUGGAGGUAGUUGGUGAGGGAGGCCCACCAGUACUGUCAAUGGAUGCAUAUGUUUUUGCUUUAGAGGGUAAAACGUGGGCUGUCAUAAGGACACACUAUCCUGAAAUGAUGCCAACAGUCUUAAGCAAAGGCAUGAUAUUCGGUCGAUUUGGACCAGACCAGAAGACUCAGCUUAUUACCGCUUUGCAAGGCGAAGGUUUAAUUGUAGGAAUGUGUGGCGAUGGAGCUAACGAUUGUGGGGCUUUAAAGGCUGCUCAUGUUGGCAUUUCACUAUCUGAAGCAGAUGCAUCAGUGGCAGCUCCGUUCACCUCUCAAGAACAGAAUAUAAGAUGCGUGAAGCUACUUGCUUUAGAAGGACGAUGCGCUCUUAGUACUUCCUUUGCUAUCUUCAAAUAUAUGGCUCUGUACUCGCUCAUUCAGUUCUUCUCUAUUCUUAUCCUUUAUAAUUACUACUCGAUCCUGGGCAACAACCAGUUCCUGUACAUCGACCUGGUGCUGACGACGCUGCUGGCGCUGUCGCUGGGGCGCGCGGCGCCGGGCCCGGUGCUGACGCGGCGCUCGCCGCCCGUGUCGCUGGUGGCCGCGCCCAGCCUGCUGCCGCUCACGGCGCAGGUUGUGCUCGUGCUGGCGCUGCAGCUCGCCGCCGUCUACUUGCUGCACGCGCAGCCCUGGCAUAUACCAGUGGAAGGAGGACCCGACGUGGAACAAGUGCUUUGUUGGGAAAACACAGUCAUAUUUAUCAUUUCUUCAUUCCAAUAUUUGAUAAUGGCGUGCGUGUAUGCUAAGGGCUGGCCAUUCCGUCAGCCUUUCUGUACCAAUUAUUAUAUGGUAAUAACAUUAGUAACACAAUCUGUAUUUGUGAUUGUACUCAUACUGGCCCCAUGGACGUGGUUGGCCAAUAUAAUGGAGGUCGAAGUCAUGAAUAUGGCGGAGACAGAACAGAAUUAUUUCCGCAUUUAUUUACUGGUCAUACCAAUACUUCAUUUGUUGCUGGCUAUUGCUAUUGAGGCAACACUAUCCGAAGCGGAGAGGUUCGGUUCAUUCUUUCGUGUGAUGCGACGAAGAUGUUCCGACAAGGAUGAAGCGGUGGCCGACGCCUCAUGUCCUCUUUGGGUUCCGCACUCACCGUCUAACGUAUGCUGA